AUGUCGUUCAACAACACAAAGAUGGGCUUCUCUGUAAAGGACCUUCUGGAUCUUCCUGACACCAAUGGAGGUUCUGGAACGGAGGAGACCGAGGAUGAGAACGAGGAGGAAACUAGUUUGUCAGUUGAUUCUCGAAACGAACCUAAAUCUCCAGAGCUCUCCGCUGACGAAUCCCAAGAUAUCGACAGAGACACCGCAGUUGACAGCAGCGACUCUGGAAAAAAGAGGAAAAGGAGGGUGCUGUUUUCCAAAGCGCAAACAUAUGAACUAGAGCGACGAUUUCGACAACAGAGAUAUCUCUCUGCGCCGGAGAGGGAGCAGCUUGCCAACGCACUACGACUGACACAGACCCAGGUGAAGAUCUGGUUCCAGAAUCACCGGUAUAAAAUGAAGAGAGCACGCGCUGAGAAGGGUAUGGAAAUGGUUCAUCUCGUGUCCCCAAGACGGGUGGCCAUUCCGGUUUUGAUUCGUGAUGGAAAACCGUGUGACACUAGCAAAACUCAGGAACUUGAGGCCUCGUUCAGGGCUGGAAUACCUUUCUCGGCGUAUAGCGCCUAUUCUCUCCAUCACAUGCAUAUGCGCUCUCACUACAGCCCCGACGCCAUGUCACAACUGCCCAGUCUGCAUCACUUGGCGCAAAUGUACCAAUGGACUUGGUAG